AUGAUCUUGCGCCUCCCUCCGCCCGUUACCACCAACAAGUUGGAUAUCUCAUUGCUCCUGGGUUCUCACGAUGAGGAAAAAGAAGCGAAAAGCGCGGCAACAGGUGGGGACGCAAUGGUGUCACCCAGGCCAUCAGAAUCGGACUUAGCAGUCCUACCUAGACCUUUAUUAUCGACAGCAUCGCCGGAGAUUCAAGGCGAGCCGCUAGUCGCACGGCCCGGCUCUUCAACGAAGAGGCCGCUAUCCGAUGUAUCGCCGAGAGGCCGCCCUGCUAAAAAGCAAUCAAAGUGGUCUCCUGAAGAAAAUGCGCUGAUUCUCGAGCUUCGGGGAAGCGGAAUGAAGUGGGACGACAUCAGCAAAAGGAUCCCGGGGCGAAGCCCUAUAAGUUGCCGACUACACUAUCAAAACUAUCUUGAACGGCGUUGUGAAUGGGAUGAAGACAGAAAAAACAGACUGGCCCGGCUCUAUGAGAGAUUCAAGGAAGAAAUGUGGUCAAGAAUCGCCGAAGAAAUGGCCAUACCAUGGAGGGCAGCGGAAGCGAUGCACUGGCAGCUGGGCGAAACUGAAAUGGCACAACGGGCAGGGGUCACGCCGUUUUCAUUCUCGACUCCCCCACAGACUUCACCGAGACUUCGUCGCAAUACACUCUCUCGAAGAGACCGGCUAAGCACUAGCCAGCUACCUUCAUUGGCGGAACUGACAGCUGGUAUCCCGGCGUACUCACCACAUUUAACGGGCGAGCCUCCGUUUGCAAUGGGCUCCCCAAUGUUUCACCCUGAAUCGAAUCCGGUACAAGGCCGAAGAGGAUCGAGAUCUCGAGCUAGGAGGUGA